UGGCCGCAUACUGAGACUGCAGCCAGACAGCACUGCAGGGACCCACUGGGCGCGAGAGAGCUUGGCUUACUCUGCGUUACGCAACCGCACAAGCCCAUUCUUCUCAGACAUGGGGAUGCACGCUUCUAAGCCACGGAGGCAAGCGCAGGUCCUGAUGCUUGGCUUGGACCGAUCAGGGAAGAGCACCUUGCUGUAUAAACUCAAGUACAACGAGAGAACGGUGACGGUGCCCACGGUGGGCUUCAACGUGGAGACGCUGGAGACGGACAGGAGCAGCCCGGGGCUCACUGUCUGGGACGUGGGCGGCCAGAGGAAGAUGAGGCCUCACUGGAAGCAUCACUACGCCGACACGGCCGGGCUGGUGUUUGUGGUGGACAGCGCGGACCAAGGGAGGAUGGAUGAAGCCGGCAAGGAACUCCAUCGGGUGCUGAAGUACGAGACCCUGAGAGGAGUUCCUCUGGUCGUUCUGUCCAACAAACAGGAUCUGCGCGGGGCUCUGAGUCCCGAGGCGGUCUGCCAGAGGCUGGACCUCAGGCGAGCGUGCGAGGGCAAGAGGCCAUGGUUCAUCCAGCCCUGCUCGGGCAUCACGGGCGCGGGGCUGGAGGAAGGCUUCAGGAGGAUGGUGUACCUGAUGAAGACCCCGCUGAGGCAAACGCAAGAGGACAUCCAGGUCAAGAUGAAGUCAAAAGGCUUCAGGAUUUCGGCCUUGAUAGGCGGCUGAUGGGUGAUUUAAUCUGAUGCUUAAUCCAAUCACAUGUGUUCACUCUCAUCUACCAUAUAUGAUCAAGUAUGAAGUGGGUCAUUUGAAGAUGGAAGCUCUCAACAUAGCUGUGACGGGAAGCCUCCUCAUCAGAAUCAAAGAGAAUCUCUUCUCUGAUUCCUUUCUUUGGCCUGUGGCAUUAGAAGAGUCAAAGGGUGUCAACACCCCACGUGUCAUGAGAAGCCUGCUGGGAUCCUUGAAAAUUAUAUUUUGAAAAG